AUGGCCGGCGCCGGCGCCGGAGAGGACGACGCGGCGUGGGAGCGCGCCAUCAGCGCGGCCGUCAAGAGCGCGCCCCUCUCCCCCUUCUCCGCGCCCAAAACCCUAACCCUCGACGGCGCCGUCAAGUCCUCCACCGGCCGCCUCCCCUCGCCGGCCCUCUUCGACCGCUUCCCCUCGCUCGAGGAGCUCUCCGUCGCGGGCGCCCGCCUCUCCUCGCUCGCGGGCCUGCCCCGCCUCCCGGCCCUCCGCCGCCUCUCCCUCCCCGACAACCGCCUCGCCGGGGCCGACUCCCUCGCCGCCGUCGCCGAGUCCUGCGGCGGGACCAUCCGCCACCUCGACCUCGGCAACAACCGCUUCGCCGCGGUCGAGGAGCUCGCCCCGCUCGCGCCGCUCGGGGUCGAGUCGCUGGACCUGUACCAGUGCCCCGUCACAAAGCUCAAGGGGUACAGGGAGAAGGUGUUUGCGCUGGUUCCCAGCUUAAAAUACUUGGACGGCGUCGAUGCCGAGGGCAAUGACCGUCUGGAGUCUGAUGAAGACGAGGAGGAGGAUGAGGAUGAGGACGAGGAGGAGGACGAAGAAGGGGCGGAGGACGGUGAAGGGGAAGGGGAAGAAGAGGACGGAGAGGAAGAGGAUGGAGAUGAAGAAGAAGAUGGCGAGGAAGAGGAAGGAGAUGAAGACGAGGAUGGUGAUGAGGCUGGAGACGAAGAAGAUGAGGCUGAGGACGACGAACCGGAUUCAGGCGCAGCCGAGAAGAGCGAGGUUGCCAACGGAAACAAGUCUGCAGGAUCUGCCCUGCCAAUCAAGAGGAAAAGGGACAAUGAAGAUGCUGCUGGUGGAGACAACUGA